AUGGAAUCUAACAGGGACGAAGAAGAAGAGCCGACCAUUCAACCCCUGACACAGACCAGGCAGAAGAGUCUGAGCGGCCCCCAGGGGACACUUCAGAGGGUCGGGCCCCCAGGGGACACCUCAGAGGGUCGGGCCCCCGGGACACCUCAGAGGGUCGGGCACCCGGGACACUUCAGAGGGUCGGGCCCCCGGGACACUUCAGAGGGUCGGGCCCCCGGGACACUUCAGAGGGUCGGGCCCCCGGGGGACACUUCAGAGGGUCCGGAUGGUUCUGUGAAGGUGUGUAUUGUGCAGAAGAGAGACACAGAGAAGAUGUACGCCAUGAAGUACAUGAACAAACAGCAGUGCAUCGAGCGAGACGAGGUCCGCAACGUCUUCAGAGAACUGGAGAUCCUGCAGGAGAUCGAACACAUGUUUUUAGUCAACCUCUGGUAA